CAUCAUCAUUAUCAGAUAGGCUUCAAACACCAGCGUCUACGUAAGCUAAACACCUUUCUGUAGUAGGCUACCUUUGCUAUAGGCUAUAUAAAGACGACCUAUUCAUGCUUUCCAACAAAACUGACGGACCGCGUAGAGGACGGUCUUUUGACUCCAUCAAUAAGUUUUACGAAGAGAAGCAACUCAACAAUGAGAUGAACAAAAUUACAUGUAAUAAGACUGAGGAGGGCAAAGACAAGAUCAUCCCAUCAAAGAGAGAACAUGCUGCAAUUGUCUUCUCUCUAAAGAAUGAAGUUGGAGGUCUUGUCAAGGCAUUAAAACUAUUUCAGGACAACCAGGUAAACCUUUUGCACAUUGAGUCUCGUAAGUCUCGAAGGCGUAACUCAGAACUGGAGGUGCUGGUUGAUUGUGACAGUGAUCGAGAAACCCUGAAGGAAAUCGUUCAGCUACUCCGCAAACAAACCAGCAUCAUAGCCAUGGAAUCAGCUGAUAAGUUCAGCACUCCUGAAAAUGAUCUUGCCGAGGUGCCUUGGUUUCCCAAGAAUAUAUCAGAUCUGGAUAAGAGUGCCAGUCGUGUUCUGAUGUAUGGAUCAGAUCUGGAUGCUGAUCAUCCGGGAUUCAAAGAUAACGUUUACCGUAAGCGGAGGAAAUAUUUUUCUGAUCUUGCCAUGAGUUACAAACAUGGAGAUCCCAUACCACGUGUGGAGUUUACAGAAGAAGAGGUAAAAACAUGGGGUGUAGUGUUUCGGGAGUUAAACAAGCUAUACCCCACACACGCCUGUAAAGAGUAUGUGCACAACUUGCCUCUGCUCACCCAAUACUGCGGAUACAGAGAGGACAACAUACCACAGCUGGAGGAUGUGUCCAACUUCUUGAAAGAACGAACUGGUUUUACCAUUCGCCCUGUUGCUGGUUAUCUUUCACCAAGAGAUUUCCUGGCUGGAUUGGCCUUCAGAGUGUUUCACUGUACACAGUAUGUGCGUCACAGCUCAGAUCCGCUGUACACUCCUGAGCCGGACACAUGUCAUGAGUUGUUGGGUCACGUUCCUUUGUUGGCUGAACCCAGUUUUGCACAGUUUUCUCAGGAAUUAGGACUGGCUUCUCUCGGGGCAUCGGAUGAUGCUGUGCAGAAACUGGCAACAUGCUAUUUCUUCACGGUGGAGUUUGGUCUGUGCAAGCAGGACGGAAAGCUCAGAGCAUAUGGUGCUGGACUUCUCUCUUCCAUCAGUGAACUCAAGCACUCGCUCUCAGGCAAUGCCAAAAUCCUGCCCUUCGAGCCCAAGGUCACCUGUAACCAGGAGUGUCUCAUCACAACCUUUCAAGAGGUUUACUUCAUUUCUGAGAGCUUUGAGGAAGCCAAAGUCAGAAUGCGAGAGUUUGCAAAAAUGAUCCAUCGUCCGUUCUCACUGCGGUAUAACCCGUACACACAGAGCGUGUGUGUGCUGAAGGACAUGCCAAGCAUCAAUGGCGUGGUUGAGGAACUCAGACACGAGCUGGACAUUGUGGGAGAUGCUCUCUGUCGACUUAGCGCACAUCUUGGUGUCUGAGACCCUGAUCGAUCUUGCUCAUAUUAAUAGCUUUUAUUUUGAUAUGUCUCAUUUUAGAGCACAUUGUGUAUAGCUUUUUAAACAUCAUGUACCUAGCAUUCAGAUACAUUGAAUUUACAGAGGUAAAUCACUCCUAAUGUCUCCAUGAGCACCUUUUCUUUGGUACUGAAUAUCAGACAAAUACAGCAAAGUCUUUAAAAUCACUGCUUUCUAGAGCUCUUGAAAUAAUCAUCUCUACUCACUAUUGCUUAAACACUAUCACAAUACGACCUCAUACUAUAUGUACACAUUCAUAAUAUGAUAAAGCAAGACUUAAAUGUCCAAUAUAGCAACAUUAAUAAUACAAAAAAUAAUUCAACUCUAAACAAAAUCUUUUCUGAACAUUAAGGGGCGGUUUCCCGGACAGGGAUUAGCUUAAGCCAGGACUAGGCCUUAGUUUAAUUAGGAAAUAUAACUAGUUUAAAAAAACAUGCCUUACUAAAAACAUUACUUGUGUGCAUUUUGAGGGCACUGAUGUAUUUGAAAGUGUAAGUUGUUUUGAGUUUGGACAGCUCUUACAUUGAUUUUAGUCUAGGACUAUUCUAAUCCCUGUCCGGGAAACCGCCCCUAAAUUAAACUCCCAUCAUCUAAUCCUAACUUCCCCAGAUAUUGCGUAUUUUCAUCCAGUUUGAUUUCUUUGCUGUUGUUUUUUAACAUCAGAUAUGAAAUCUAGCUGAGCACAUGUUUAGUGUUUCAUUGUAUGUGUUUUAAACGCUGAAUAAUUUAUUUGCUGGUGCUUGUGAUAUAAAUCUCUACCCACAUUGUUUCACUAACUUCAUCCUUUCUGUUAUCAUGAUGUGAAUCAGUUACUGUUUGAAUAUUGUGUAUGUUUGUGGUUUGUUUUGAAGACUGUAUGAAAGCUUGAUCCAGUGAUCAGUGUGGCUUUUUGCAUAUUAAUUAUGAAACUGGAUUCUUUCACACAGAUAAGGAAGGAGAGGAACAAAGCUUAAAAACAAGCAAAUUUUUGACCUAUAAAUGAUUAAUAAAGUAUUACCAUACCAUAAUAAUUUAUGCAUGACCAAUCGUUCAUUGAUUUUAAAGAGUUGGAGUUACUCAUGAGUCAUGACAUGCACUUGUAGUAAGACAUUGUGUCCGGCAGAGAGCAGUGUUGUUCUCUUACAGUUUACCACCUAAGCGAUUACUCAGUAAAACUGAAAUGUAAAACCUGAUCAAUUUAACCUAUGAUUAAUGUAACAAAUCCAUGGCAAGUAUACUAAAAUCAAACUCCACUUUUUUUGAAUAGUUUUUUACAUAUUUACAUCAUUGGAGAUAUCAAUGCGAUGCAUUAACCAAUAUUCUACAGUUGUUUAAAAAUGAAGCAUUGUCUCUAAAGACACCCUGUACA